AGAGAAAUAGAUGUUUUCCAGCUCCAGUGGUAUGCCUACUACAUGUUCAGAGCGCUUGCAGGUUUACAUAAGCAGGGAAUAGUUCAUAGAGAUGUUAAACCUGGCAACUUCCUUUUUUCUCGUAAGGUCAAUAAAGGAUAUCUCAUUGAUUUUAACCUUGCUAUGGAUCUGCAUCAGAAGUAUGGAGCUAUUGGUAAGCUGUUGCUUCUUUAUUUUUCUAUUAUUUACUGGAUUAAUGGAAUUACUUUGCACAAUUUCACCGACAAAUCAAAGGUGGGCCAUGAUGUGAGUUUUAAUCAUGUUCCUCCUGCCCACACCAAGUCUCUUCCUCCUACCAAUCAGAAGUUUCUGGUCAGUAAAUCUUCGGAAGCAAUCAACAAGCAGACAGGAAAAAGGUCCAAGCUCCUUUUAUCACCCAAAAAUCUGAAAAAGAAGGCGGUAGACCAAACAAAUGCCUUUUCUGAAUUAGGCAGUAGGAAUGUGAUGAAAAGCCAAGGUGCAGAUGGCUCUGGGGUAACUUCAGCUAAGGAUGCAACAAGCACAAGAACUCCUUCAGCGGAAAGGUUGAGGGAACCGAUUCCAUGCCAAGGUGGGAAGGAGCUGAUCAGCCUGGUGCAUAAAGCAAUGCAGGGUUCAAAUUAUGAAGCACUCAGUGUUCCAGCUCCUAAGAGAAAGAGGGUCGUCGCACUUCCGGGAAAAGUAGAUAGAAAACUUGUUUACCUUACUCCAAUGCCAGUGCACUCUGCUGGCAUUGCUGUUGCUGGUGCUGGCCUCCUGAAAAACAAAGGGGAUGGGAAGCAAAAGAGAGAAGGCCCUUGUGUUGGAACCAAGGGCUUUCGGGCUCCAGAGGUAUUGUUCAGGUCACCACAUCAAGGCCACAAAGUGGAUAUCUGGUCUGCUGGGGUCACCUUACUUUACUUGAUGAUUGGAAGAACACCAUUUACUGGUGAACCUGAACAGAACAUAAAGGAAAUUGCAAAGUUAAAGGGCAGUGAAGAUCUCUGGGAAGUGGCAAAGCUACAUAACCGUGAAUCUUCAUGUCCAGUGGACCUUUUUGAUGUGAAAUUUUUGACAUCCACAAGACUGCGAGAUUGGUGCAAACAGAACACAAAAAGACCAGAAUUCUUGGAGUUUAUUCCAAGAUCACUAUUUGAUCUUGUGGAGAAGUGCCUGACGGUGAAUCCGAGAUCGAGGAUAAGUGCAGAGGAAGCGCUGAGGCACGAGUUUUUCACUCCAUGCCAUGAUGGCCUAAGACAGGAAAGGCUGCUCAGGAAAGGGCUCAGCUUGGACUCUAGAACUACUCAGCUUUUGCAUAGACAGUUAGGCGUGAGGAUCCUCUAG